AUGGACCGCACCCUGCGCCAGCUCGCGCGGCCCUCCCGCCUGCUCCCGAUCCUCAAGUACGGCCUCCCCGCGCUCGUCUUCGCCGUCGUCCUCGGCCUGCUCUACUACGAGCCCCACAUCGAGAUAGCCGUCUACAACCGCGCGUGGGUCAAGCAGGAGGUGCUCGGCGUCGCCCCGCUCGGCGACUGCUUCUCGCCCCGCGCGAUCUCGCCCUCGUACAACGCCACGGACGCGCUCUACGGCGCGCGCCGCACCGAGGUCCACGCGGGCACGAGCCUCCAGUUCGGCACGGACUGCUACGACUUCGCGGGCACGGUCCUGCCGGAGCCGCACUCGCGCACGAAGCCGGCGGUGGAGAUCCCGGGCGACCGCCGCGCGCAGUACCACACCUACUGGCGGACGGACCUGGCGCCGUUCGGGGCGCGGCAGGAGUGGAUGCUCAAGAGCUUCUUUGCGACGCAGGACGUGCACCGGGCGCGGCUCGUGCUCUGGAGCAACGGCGACCUCGGCGCGAACCCGAUCCUGCAGAAGUGGGUGGCGCGCUUCCCGGAGGCGUUCGCGCUGCGGGGGAGCCCGCUGCUGGACGUGUCGGACGCGAAGGCGUGGAUCGACGGGGACCUGGUGCGCCUGCUCGUGAUCUGGGCGUACGGGGGCGUGUGGGUGGACAUGGACUCGCUGCUCACGCGCGACCUCGCGCCGCUGCUCGAGCACGAGUUCGUCACGCAGUGGGACUGCUACGACAAGAAGUACGUGCCGAUGAACGGCGCGCUCAUGCACUUCCGCAAGCACUCGCCCUACCUCUGCGAGGCCUUCCACGUGAUGACGACCUCCGCGCCCCCGCGCAAGGGCACGACGGACUGGGGCGCAACGCUCUACCUCAAGCUCCGCCGCCGGCUCCUCCACGGGGGCGUCCCGCCGUUCAAGGUGCUCCCCUUCUGCUUCACCGACGCGCGCUCCUGCCGGCUCGACAACCGCCUGCCCGACCCGUUCGUGGCGGACCCGGCCGACGGCCGAUGGGCGAUGGGCUUCGGGCGCGAGGAGGACGGCGGGCUGGACAACGUGCUGAGGAAGGUGUUCUCGGUGCACCUGCACAACCAGUGGGAGAAGCCGUACCCGAGGGGCGGGUGGGUCGAGCGGUUGCUACUGAGAAGAUACGACGCGGAGCUGGAAAAGGAGUUGUUGGGUAGCCCGCUGGCGGUAUGA